UACGACGCAAGACACGGUCCCGGGAUGUAAACAAACUAGCACGUGGCUCUCACGCUGAUGGUGGCACCUGUGGCAGUCAACCUUACGCUUGCCAUUACCUCACAAGGCUACUAAAAUACUAACCGGUCAUACCCCAUCUUAAGAACAAGGUGUAGCAGACGUGGCGAGGAUUCAAGGGUUCUGCAGCGUUCAGGACACACUUUGUCAAGCUUAUACGGAAGUUAUCAGAAAUGGGUAGAAAGAUCCCUGCAAAGAAGCACCGUGGAGUAAAGGAUCCGUACAAACAGCAAGAAGAACGCUAUAAUAAGAUAAAAAACAAGCUCAAUGCCAAGCCGGAUUCCACAGAGUCUCAGGAGAUACCAAGGCGCCUACAGAGCAUCGCUAACUUCAACAACAAAAUCAUUAACAGGAAGGAUGUGCCCAUGAAGAAGAAGAAGAAGAAGAAGAAUGGGAAAUUGCUAAAUCAUACUCUUAUUGAUGGCAGAAAGUACGUAGAUCGUGAGAAGGAACUGCACGGUAUGACUCGUCCAACAAAGUUAGUGCCAUUGCUGCAGCAACACCCAAGGGAGACUUACAAGAAAUUCCUGAAGAGAGUUGACAGAGUGACACAUGAGAUAAUGAAGGAAGCUGAAUUUGAGAAGAAGUUCAAAGUGGAGGUGUGUCGUAAUGAGCAAGGUCAGGUUGUUGCUGUCAAGCACCAAGAGAAGAUUGAUCCACUGCUAUCUGACAAAGAAAAGAAAGACCUUGCUGAGCGAGAAGAGAGAAAGAAGGCUGCGAGGCGGGAAAGAGAUAAGCGCAGACGAGGUAAGAAGAGAAAAAAUGAUGGGGACGAUGGCGAUGAUGAUGAAUUUUCUUACUAUCAAGACAAGUUUGAGUUUGGAGAAGUUGUGUAUGAGCCUCCAAGCCUUGACACCAAGAAACUCACAAAGAAGAUGAAUGGGAAAGAGGAGAAGUCAAGAUCGUUUUUGUUUAUGGAGAAGCUGAAGGAAAAGCAAGAUGAAAGUUCGCCCUCCAACAAGCCUAAAAAGAAAGCAGCCCAGGUUCCUGCUGGGAGACGUAGGAUACUGGAGCAGGAGCGGCAGAGGGUGGUGGAGGCAUAUCGCAGCUUGAAGGCCUCCAAGUACACCCUCACUCAACAGUCCACCAUGUGAUGUGAUGCCUCCUCACACAUCUUGUAUUGUGAUUCCCUGUAAAAGAUGUUAAUAAAUUGUUAUCUGACCACUUGGAAAUA